AUGCCCUUUGAAUUAGUCUGUUUGGGGAACCCCCUCCUUGAUUUGCAAGUCGACGUCGACCAGGCGUACUUGGACAAGUACCAGUUGAAGGCCGACGACGCCAUCCUCGUCGAAGAGAAGCACAUGCCCAUCUACGACGAAGUGUUGGCCAAGCCCGACUUGGUGCUCGUCGCCGGCGGUGCCGCCCAAAACACCGCCCGUGGCGCUCAGUACAUCUUGCCCCAAGACUCUGUUGUUUACUUCGGCUCUGUUGGUAACGACAAGUACGCUGAGUUGUUGAGAGAAGCUAACCAAAAGUACGGCUUGCGCACCGAGUACCAAGUGCAACAGGACAUUGGUACCGGUAAGUGUGCUGCUUUGAUCACUGGCACCCACCGGUCGUUGGCCACUGACUUGGGGGCUGCUAACCACUUCAAGCCCGAACACUUGAAGAAGCCCGAAAACUGGAAGCUCGUCGAAGGCGCCACCCACUUCUACAUCGGUGGGUUCCACUUGACGGUGUCGCCCGACGCCAUCGAGUUGUUGGGUAAGCACGCCGCCGAAAACAACAAGCCGUUCACCCUCAACUUCUCGGCUCCGUUCAUCCCUCAAUUCUUCAAGGCGGCGUUGGACCAAGUGUUGCCCUACGUCGACUACGUCAUCGCCAACGAAUCGGAAGCCGCUUCGUUCGCUGAGCUGUACAAGUUGGGCACUACUGACGUCGAGGCCAUCGCCAAGGAAGUGGCUAAGUUGCCCAAGGUGUCGAAGGCUCCCAGAACCGUCGUGUUCACCCAAGGUACCGAACCCACCAUCACCGUCACCUACAAGGACGGCGAGUUUGAAGUGAACAAGUACCCCGUGAGACCUUUGGCUGCCGACCAGAUCGUCGACACCAACGGUGCCGGUGACGCCUUCGCUGCUGGUUUCGUCGCCUCGUUGGUGCAAGGCAAGCCUGUGGCUGACGCUGUCGACGUCGGGCAAUGGGCUGCGUCGCUUUCAAUUCAAGAGGUCGGUCCCUCGUUCCCCUUCCCCAAGCAAACUUACCCGGGGAAGCAGUAG